AUGAAGCUUCUUCUCCUAUUUCUUGCUAUUCUUCUGGCCAUGGAACCAGUGACAUCAGGAGAAUGUUGGAUGGACGGACACUGUCGGCUGGUGUGCAAAGAUGAUGAAGAUUUCAUCUUACGCUGCCCAAAUCGUAAACGGUGCUGUGUCCUUAGUCGUUAUUUAACAAUCAAACCAGUAACAAUUGAUGGAGAGCUUGGCUGGACCACUCCUCCUUCUCAGACAUCCAAACCAGUCAAUGAGGAAACUGAAGCUCAAGGGGGAAGAGUGACCUACGUUCCUAAGCAGGUUGGAGACAAUGCUGGGAUUAAUAAGCAGGUCUUCUCUGACUCUGGAGAGAGGCUUAGGGAACAGCGAAGACCGUAUUGA